UCUGGCAGGGAAGAGAGUGCAGCCUCAUUCCUGUGAAGUACGAACUAGUGUGGAUGGAGCACGACAUCUCUCUCCGUCCCUCCCUCGCAUGUCACCGUUCACCGGCUCCGACUUUAUUUUGUCCUCUGCACCUGGAGUGACUGACUGAGAGGAAAAGGAAGCAGCAGGUUCUUCAGCCUCGGAGGAAGAGAGCGAGGCUUCCUGAAACCAGUACUGACAGCCUGGACAAGACCCCCAGUAGACAGCCACCAUGUGCGACUGUUUUCACCUGGCGUUUCCCAACUGGCAUGCAUCAGCUGCGGGAGAAGGGCGCAGGCUGAAGGGACCAGAACAAGACACAGAUGAUGAUUUAGUAGGUGAGGAGCCUGAAGUUUUAGAGGGGGAAAGACCUCGUCCUCAGGGUUCCUCUCCUGUUGAGGAAUUCCCCACCACAGAGAAAUACGCGAAACAGGCUGAAGGUGACUUCUAUGACUCACCCACCAAGAGUUCCAAAAAAAGCAAAAGGAUUGGUUUCGGCUCACUGUUUGACAAGCGUUCCUCUGCCAAGAUGAAUCAAACAGAGGAUAUGCAAAGUGAUCAGUCAGAAAUAAUAGUCAAAACUGUGAAAGAAGUUUGUGCUGAGGGUUUGAUUGUAAGUGGAGGAAAGGACGGCAUCUUCAUCAAGGACGUAAAACCAGAGUCGCCUGCCUCAAAGCAUUUAAGUGUGAAAGAAGGUGAUCAAAUACUUAGUGCUACAGUAUAUUUUGAUAAUGUGUCAUAUGAAGACGCCCUCCAGAUUCUUGAGCAUGCUCAACCAUAUAAAGUGGCAUUCUGUCUAAAACGCAAACCACCUCCAAGAACCCAGGAAGAUGCUGAGACAAUGAGGCCAGAUACAGCCAUUGGCGGGGAGGCUGAGCAAGAAGAAGAAGGAAGAGGACCAGAGAUGAGAGGUCGAAGAAAGACAAAAAAGCAAUAUGAUCGCAUCUCUUGGCCCAAAUUCCCUACCUUCAGCAAAGGUCGCAGGGCAAAUUUUAAAAGAUCUCACAGCACAUCAGAAGCAGAGGAACAGAGAAAAUUAGAGAUAAGUCCACCAACAAGUGACACAGAGUCUCCACUUAAGUCUCCAUUAAAAUCCCCAGAUGGAAAAGACAAGAAAAAGAUGCACAAAAUGAAACUUAAGAAGCGGAUGGCAGGCCACAGGAGCAAAUCUGUUGAAGAAACCCAAGAAAAUGAAGAGGCGCUUGCAACAGAUGAUAUGGAGGGCUUGGACAACCAAAUUAUUAUGAAUAUAGUGGAAGAGCAAGUGCCAGUGACUAAUGUGAUAGAGAGUCCUAAAAUAUUGAAUGAAGCUGACUCAGCUAAAACAAGAAAUGAAUAUACAUUCCCGACUUUGCCAGCGACUGAAUCACUGCAUAAGGUUGAGCUCAUCAGUGUGGACACCACAUUAAAGACUACUGAUAUUACAGUCGCUCUUGGAGAUGAUGGCAAAGAAAGGAGAGAGAAAUCGGAACUGAGGGUUAGCAUUCCAGGAAAGGAUACAUAUGAAAUAGAAACAGAGAGCCAAUUAAAAUCCUCCACAAGUGGAAUGAGAACUUUGGAUCCAUCAACAUCCAACAAUAUUUUGGACAGUCCAAAUGUAAUACCACAAACUGAACCAGCUGGACAUCAAGUUGAUUCCGAUAGCAAAUCAAGAGAUAAAAAGAUUUUACAAAAGACUCAAGAGUCAGGAAAAACAGACAUGACCAUACCUAAAGUUGAUGUUUCUCUUGACAUGCCAGAGGUAGGACCGAUAAGCAAAUCACCAAGAAUUGGCAGCGACAAGGAAAAGAAAGAAAGAAAAAUUCUAGAAACAGAAAGUUAUGGAAUUCGAACCAGAGGACCACUGGCAGACAUAGCCACAUCAAAGAGACAUUUUUCAAAUGCAGUAAACAGACUAGACUUUACAUCAGACACUUUCACUUUUGAAAUUCAAACAAGUGAGGAUGUGUCCUCAACAGACACAAAGAAACCAAUCACUCCAACACCUGUUAUAUCCCAGCCAAAAUCACAUGCUCUGGAUGUGGACAGAAGCAGGAAGAGUACUGGAGGUAGCACUGACAUUGAAUCAACUUUUAAACUGCCUAAAGUAGAUGUCUCUGAAUUCGACCAUCAAGAAUCAAUAACUGUAAAACAGAGAGAACCAACCAAAGUACCUCUCCUGAAACGAGAGGAAAUUGAGAUUCCUGGCAUGGAGGACAAAGGAUCAAAAGCCAAGGUUAAAUCUCUUAGAAUUAAAGAACAAAAAGUUGAGAAGAUAAUAAAUAUCUCAAAAGCAGGAAAAAAGCAAUCUCGGGGUGAAGCAGAAGAGUUUAAUGUUGAGGAUGUAAAAGAAGCAGUAUCAAAAUUCCCUUCCUUCAAAUUACCUGAGAGAGACAUCACUGGAGUCCUUGUACAGAGAGAGAUCACAAUCAUGGAAAUGAAGACAGACAAGACUGACAUGACACCUAAAGGAUCCCCUUGUAAAAUUUCGAGCAUGAGCACAGAAAUAAACAUUAAGUUGCCUGACACAAUGGAUAAAGAAAAGCAGAGACUUUCUCCUGUUGCUACAAAAGAUCAAGCCUUCAUAUUACCAAAAAUGGAACAAUUGCAUCUUGAUGAAACAGUUAUAACUGAGAGCAAAACAGACCAAUCAAAAAUUAAACGUGUAGACCACCAACCCAAACCUGGCAAAAAGUUAGCAAGGGAUAAUAAGAUAAGUACAUCUCCAGAUGUAAAAUUCAAACUUCCGAAGCGUGAAGACAUUGAAAUACCAGGAAUGGAAGCCAUUGAACAAUCAGUUCCACCACAAAAAAUCAUAAUAACCAAAGAUACAGACACUCAAGACAAGGCUGUGAAAGACUAUACUGAUACUGAUAUCAAAGCUGACAAAAAUGUGCAUGAAAAGAAAUCAAAGGUAUCAAUGCCAAGUUUUGGAAUCAUGACACCUGACAUUCGCUUCCCAGGUAUUGCGAUUGAAUUACCAAUAAAGGCCACGUCAUCUAAAAGUGAUAGUGGUGCAAUCAAGGAGAUGAAAACGGAAGCAAAAAUAUCUCUUGAAGAAGACAUCAAAAAAUCUUCUGAAGAAGCAACAUUUGAUGAAACUAAAAAAGCACAUGAUAUAGAGGGUGAUCAAAUGCUCCACCAUGACAUUUGCACUACUAUUGUUAAGGAAACCUCAAAACAAGAUGUUGCAGGAGAACUGAAGGCUGAAAUCAAAAGCAAAGACACAGACUCCUCCCCACAAAAAAAGAAAUUGCCUAAAUUAAAAAUGCCCAAAAUUGGAGGGAAAUCUAUGAAAGGAACAGCUGAAGUCACUACAAAAGAGGAUGUUACAGUGCAAGAAAGUGACAUAACAGAGGUUGUAUUAGAUUCUGAGAAGAGAACAUCUGAGACUGAUCCAGAAACAGACAAAAAUUGGACUAAAUUAAAAAUGCCAAGCAUAGAUGUUUCUGUUCCAAAAAUAAAAAUCCCUAAGGCAGAGGGAAAAUCAAAGCAGGAGGAAACUGGGCUCGCAAAGCCUCAGGCUGUUGAGGAUGAUCAAGAGGAAAGUGGAUUUAGACUGAUCAAGUUUGGUAUUUCAAUGCCAAAAGAGAAGACAGAAGAAGGUGGUCUGUUACCAGAUGAUUCUGAAAAAAACAUCAAGGUUAGCAGAAAAACUGAAGUGGAGCUACCUGAAAUUCCACAAGCUGAAAUAAAAGAAGCAGAGUCUAAAAUGAAGAAACGGAAAAUAUCAUUUCCCAAAUUUGGAUUCUCUAAAACAGAUACUAAAGUAUCUUAUGCUGACAUAACUCUACCAGCCGUACAGGGCUCUCAUGAUGCUGAUGGGACAGAAAUAGAUGUUGAAAGUAAGACCACAGAUGUAGAGGCUGAGUUCAAGGAUUCAACAGAUUCUCCCACAAAAUUUAAACUUCCCACAAUUAAACUUCCCAAAUUUGGAGUCUCAUUUCCCAAGUCCACUGAUGCUAGGGCCGAUUUUCAAAUGCCUGAUGUCAGAACAGAGGAGACUACAAUGGAUGUUAAAUUUCCAGAAGCUAAACUAUCUGUAGAAUCAACAGCACUAUCUGACAAGAAAGGCCCGGAAAUGACUCUCAGUGUAUCCAAACCUGAAGUUGACUUGUCUCUGCCUGAGGGUAAGAUAGAAAUCAAAGGUUUUCAGAAAACAGAAAUAAAAUCAUCUGAAGAAAUUCCAUUUUCUAAACCAGAUACUGAUGCAAGUCUGACUGACCAUGACGCUGGAGAAAUUACAGCCACAGCGUUUUCAAAACAAGACAUCAAAGCUGCAGGUGUUGAUGUCAGUCUUCCACAGGUUGAUUUAUCAAUUCCAAUAGGUUCUGUGGAAAUAAGAGAGCCUGGUGUGAAUUUCACAAUUUCAAAGGAUGAGGCUGAACAUAAAGAACUAACAAGUGGUGGUACACCAGUAAAGUUUAAACUUCCCUCUCUCAGCUUACCAAAGUUUGGUGGAAAAUCAUCUAAGGUAGUAAAAGACAUGCCAGUUGUAGAUAUCGAUAUUGAAGAACCUGAUGUAAGCCUUCCAGAAAAACAAAUAAGAUUGAAACUCAAAGAUGAUGCACCAUCAGGUGAUGUCAAGGAUUUAUUUGUGACUACAGAAGGUCAGUUUGUUAGUGUAGAUGUUAAGGUCAAAGAACCAAAGUUCAAAGAACAAGAGGUUACCGUUACACUGCCUAAAUUUGGCAUUAACAUUCCAAAGGUUGAAGCCCACAAGCCAGCUGAUAGUACGAACAAAGAAGAAUCAAUUAUAGACCCCAAAGAAUCAAAUGCAGAGUCUGUCCAGGCUGAGAAAGAUCCAAGAUCUCCAACCAAAUUUAAAUUUCCUACAAUUAAAUUCCCAAAAUUUGGGGUCUCAUUUCCAAAAUCAACAGAUGCAAUCUCUGACAGUCAAAUGCCUGAAGUCACCAAAGAUGAACCUACUAUGGAAAUGAAAGUGCCAGAAACCAAACUAUCUGCAGAACUGCCAUCAUUACCUGAAAUGAAAACCCCACAUAUUAUUCUCAGUGUUUCCAAACCUGAAGUUGACGUAUCUACCCCAGAGGUAGACAAGGCUAUUGAUGCACACUCUGAAAAGGUAUUGUCUCCAGAUCAUGCAUUUUCUAAACCAGAGGUUAAGAUGAGCCUUGUAGGCCAUGGUCUUGAUCAAGAGACAGCUAUAGAAGAUUUUAAAGUGCAAGCCAAGAAACCUGAGGUGGAAGUCAAACUUCCUUCAGGUUCAGUAGAUGAAGUCAUUCUGGAGGCUAAAGAAAUGGAGAGUGAAUUCAAACUUAAGAAACGUAAAAUAUCUUUUCCGAAGUUUGGCUUUUCCAAAUCUGACACUAAGAUCCCUGAUGCUGACACCAGCCUUCAAAAAGAAGGCAUAUCUGUGCCUGAAACUGAGAUCAAAGAGACUGAAGUGACAUUUCCUGCUCCAGGGGUUGAAGUCCAGUUAAAAAACAAAAGUACUUCUGGUUCUCCAUCUAAAUUCAAGCUUCCAACAAUUUCUCUCCCUAAAUUUGAUAUUUCCAUUUCAAAGACUGGGGAAGAAUCUACUACAAAAGCUGAGGAUGAUGCAUGGUCAGAAAUAAAGGCAACAUCAGCAGUUGCAUCACAAGAUAAAGAUGCAGGAAUGCAAGAUACAGAACCAUCUAAAUCAGCUUUCGAAACCCUACCAGUGGAUGCUGAAAUAAAAACCAAAGACACUGAUCCUGGUAGUCAAGGGAGUAGAUUUAUGAUGCCUAAAUUUGAAUUUUCAUUUCCAAAGCUAAAGGGACCAGAAUUUAAAAAGGGUGCAUCAAGAACAGAUGUGGAAAAACCAGAGGUUUCACUGAAACAUGACAAGGAGAGUGCUGAGGGAACAGCAAACAUACCUGGGGCAUCUGUGGAAAUGGAGGUAAUGAUGAAAAUGCCAAGCUCAGAGCAUGAAUUUUCUGAACAAGACAUUAAAGCUCCAGAGAUUAAUGUUGAGAGGGGCGAUACAUCUAUGGCAGUAGGUGAAGUGGAUGUGAAUCUUGAGUCUGACUUGAAAAUUCACACAGAGAUGUUAAAGGAUGAUUCAACCAGAGGAGGGUCGCAGAUCAAGUUCAAACUUCCUACUUUCAAACUACCCAAAUUUGGAAGUUCAUCUUCCAAAGUAAAAGCUGAAAUAAUGGAUUUGAGGGAUGAGGAAAUUACUUUGGAGACUGAAGAUGUAUUCACAUCAGUAGAACCAUCAGACAUAAAAAUUGACUAUAAUGUGCCCAGUCAAGAGUUGAAGAAACCCUCAAUCAGUGUUGAUCAGCCAAAGGUAGAUAGUGGAGAUCAAUACACCCUGUCACUUACAGAGGCCAAAACAUCAAAGGCAGAAGGAUAUAUUUCCUUACCAGAGGCAAAACUUGGGGAACCUUCAGCUAAAACGGAAGUAUCACAAGCCACACUAGAAAGCAAAUUUGAUCAAAAAGUUGAUUUAAAAGACACAAGUCUGAAAAUGAAAAGACCAGGCUUUUCACUUCCUAAAUUUGGAUUUUCUAAACCAGAUAUUAAGGCCCCAGAGAUUGAUGUCAGACUUGCACAAGUUGAUACCUCUAAACCAGAAGGUGAUGUGAAAAUACAAGAACAAAGCAUGAAUAUCUCAGUGUCAAAUGUUGAGGAUGAUCAAAAAGAUACAGCAACUCUUGGUGCCACAACAAAAUUUAAACUCCCCUCAAUCAACAUCCCAAAGAUUGGAGGACAAGCUACGAUGGAAGAUAAAUCUAUGCCAGUUGUAGAUAUAGCUGUUAAAGGACCUGAAGUGACCACAGAGGGUCAAACUGUAAGUGUGGACUUGAAUGUUGAUGAUACUGAACUUGGAGGACAGGGGGGAAAGUUUAAGAUGCCAAAGUUCGGUAUUGGCCUUCCUAGAGUAAAAGGGUUUGAUUUAAGUACAUCAAAGUCAGAUGAUACAACUGAAGUACAACAAAUUGAUAUAAAAAAACCUGAGAUAACAACUGACGGGAUGGUUCACCCACCAGAACAAGAUUCUAAAAGUCUAGAUGUGCAGAUGAAGACAUCAGCUGAAUUUGGGUUUUCAAAACCAGAAUUAAAAGCCCCUGAAGUUGAUGUAAGUAUUCAAAAAACUGAUAUCCCCAUACCCGAAGGCAGUAUGGACCUAGAAGAAGCAAAUGUGGAUAUUAAAGUGUCAAAGAUGGAGUCUGACCAAAAAGGUUCAACAAUUUUUGGAUCCCCAACAAAGUUUAAACUCCCGUCUAUAAGCCUCCCGAAAUUUGGUGUUAAAUCACCAAAAGUAGCAUUAGAAAUUAAUGUGACAGAUAAAGAAUUAGAAGGAACAAACUUAAAAACUGACAUUUCUAAACCUGAUGUGAAAUUAGAAGUACAGCCACCCAAUACUGAAGCUAAAGUUGAAGGGAGUGCAGACAUGCCUGAGGUUGACUCCAAAGGACUCCAAGUAAAAGUGAAGAGACCAAGCUUUUCAUUUCCCAAGUUUGGGUUUUCUAAACCAGACACUUCAACUCCAGAGGUUAAUGUCAGUGCACCAAAGGCUGAAGUGUCCAUACAAGAGGUCAAUGUACCUGUAAAAGAGCAAACAGCAGACUUCACACUUUCUGGAGGAGAGGCUGAACAGAAAGAUCUAACAAUUGUUAGUUCCCCAACCAAAUUUAAACUGCCAGAAAUUAACUUGCCAAAAUUUGGAGUCAAAACUUCAAAAGGUACAGUAAGUUUACCAUCAGCAGAUAAGGACAUAAAAGGAAUCGGAAUCACUGCUCAUGAACCAGACAUCAAGGUGUCAGGUCAAAUACCAAAAAUUGACUUAGAUGUAAAAGAAAUAGAGACCGAUAUACAUGCCACAAUAAGAGAAACUGAUGUUCAUCUAGCAGAAGGAAAAAUAAUACUACCCCAACCUAAUGUUGACAUUCAAGACAUAUCCAUUGAAGGCAAAGCAGAUAUGCCUGAAGUUGACUUGAAAGGGCUUGAUGUGAAACUGAAGAAGCCAAGCUUUUCACUUCCAAAAUUUGGUUUUUCAAAGCCAGAUAUUAAGGGACAAUAUGUUGAUGCCAGUCAACCAAAGGUAGAUAUGUCUAUGCAAGAGGGCAACAUACCUAUUAAAGACGUAGAUGCAAAAAUCACCAUUACAGAUGAAGUGAAACAAGGAGAUACAACAAAAUUUAAGUUGCCCUCAAUCAACCUUCCAAAGUUUGGACACAAACAUCCAAAAGCUACAGCUGAUAUUCCAGCAGUUGAAGUGGAUAUCAAAGAACCUGAAAUCAGUCUCCCAGAAAAAGUAGAGUUACAAACCACUGACAUAGAACCAAACAUAGACAUUAAAGGGCCAUCGGUUGAUGUGGACAUCAAGGUUAAAGAAAUUGAUGCUGAUGGGAUGGGAAGUAAGUUCAAGCUGCCAAAAUUUGGAAUUGGCAUGCCAAAAGUAAAGGGGAUAGAGAUGGAGGGAAAAGAAAUAAACAUAGAGACUGACCUGCUAUGCGAAGAAAAGGUAAAUGUACAACAGCCCAGUGUUGAAAUUCAAAAUGUGACCAUUGAGGGGAAAACAGAUAAAGUUGAAGUUGACUCGAGAGGGCUGAAAGUGAAACUUCCCAAAUUGGGAUUUUCAAAACCAGAUCUUAAGGCUCCUGAAAUUGAUGUGAGUCUACCCAAAGCUGACAUGGGCACAUCAGCGGGAAAUGUUGAUGUUUCAGUGCAGUCUGCAGACAUUAAAUUACCAGAACAAGAACCUGAUUUGAAGGAGGAAACUUUUGGCUCUCCAACAAGAUUUAAACUUCCAACAAUCAAUUUCCCAAAAUUUGGAACCAAAGCAUCAAAGGACACAGUUGAUAUACCUACGGCACAUGUGGACAUCAAUGUUCCUGAAGUAAGCCUUCCUGAUAAGAAGUUUAACAUGUCAGGAGAAGUGUUAAGUGUUGAAAUGAAAGGGCCAACAGUUGAAGGUCCAUCCAUUGAGAUAAACAUUAAGGGAGAUAAUAAAGAACAACAAGAGGGCAAAUUUAAGCUUCCAAAAUUUGGGAUUGCUCUUCCAACAAUUAAAGGUCCAGAUGGUGACCAAGGGCUUAAGAAAGCUCGGACCGAAACAGAAGUGAAAAUGUCAGGGGAUAUACUAUCUAUAGACAAGAAAGAGCUAAAGUUACCCAAAGGAUCAGUGGAAGUGGAUGUGGAGACUAAAGGUGCUGAACUUGAAGUAGAAGAAAGUAAAAUCAAACUACCACAGUUUGGAAUUUCUCUACAAGCAUCAAAAAGUCCAGAAAUUGACAUAAGUGUUUCAAAAGCAGAGGUUUCUCAAACUGAUGUUAAAGAAUCUGAACCAGCAGAUUUAACUGAUAUGAGUUCUAAGGGACUUAGUGUAAAAAUGAAGAAACCAAGCUUUGGAUUUCCAAAAAUUGGAUUUUCAAAAUCAGAUGGCAAGUCCCAAGAUAUUCAAGCCAGUGAAACGGCAGCAGAUAUAUCCUUGCCAGAGGGCACUACAGAAAUAGGAGAAAGUGAGACAGAGGGCAAAACUGAAAUAACAAGUCCACAAUUUGGCUCGCCAACAAAAUUCAAACUCCCAACAAUAAAAUUACCCAAAUUUGGAGUUUCCUCUCCAAAGGUCCUUAGUGAUGCAGCAAAGGCUGAUUCUGAAACCAAGGAAAUUAAAAUUAGUUCUGUGGAUUAUGAGAUAGAGACAUCAAAGGUAGAUCUAUCAGGUGACAUCAAAGGCAAAACUGCAGAGACUGAAACCCCAUCUAUUGAUAUUAAUAUAAAAGAAAAAGAACUUAAUCAAGAGGGACAGGAAAUUAAAUUUAAACUUCCAAAAUUUGGGAUUUCGUUACCCAAAGUAAAAGGUCCUGAGGUGACGUUGACUGCAAAAGAGGUAAAGACAGAAACACUUGAAACUGGGAUAAUUGAACCAGAAAUCAAGGUCGCAGCAGAAGAUGCAAGUCUCCCAAAAGUAGACAUGGCUUUAGAGGGAAGUUCCAGCCUUGAAAAAAAAGAGGUAGAGACAGAGUUGAAAGAAGAUACAGUUGUUUCAGGUUCUCCAAGUAAAUUCAAAUUGCCUACUUUUAAAAUGCCAAAAUUUGGAACUUCUGCUCAAAAAACAUCUGAUGCAAAAGUAAAAGUUGCAAAAGUAGAUGUACCAGACACUGACCUAAAUAUUGAAGACAAGCCUGUACAAGUGUCUAAAGAAACAAAAAGAGAGGGUGAAAUUAAAGAAACCACUGAACAGCCUACAGAGGCUGCUACUAAAAAACUGGAUGGGGUCAAAGGCUCCCCAAGUAAAUUCAAGCUUCCUACUAUAAAAAUGCCAAAGAUCAGCAUUUCAAGAACAAAAUCUCAGGAAGGAGAAGAUGACACAACCACCAAAGUGAGUGCUCCAGAUGCUAAAAUAGAACCCAAAGAUGAUACUCAAGGGGCUGGAAAAUCACCCAAAUUUACAAUGCCUACACUUGAGGAUGUUCUCAGGGGCUUUGAAGUUGAAUUUAAUGUUCCAACAAUAGAGGAAACGGAAGCACAAAAGGACAAACCAUCUGUUAAGCAAGAUCAGGAGGCUGGGGCAAAAGUUGAGGAAGCAGCAGAACAUAAGGACAAAGGAGCUCAGGAGAAAUCAAAGUUUAAAUUUAAAUUUCCAAAAUUAGGAUUCAGCCAGUCUUCAGAUGAAAGUGAUAAGUUGGUUGACGCUAAGAUUGAAGAAAGUGAAAAGCAUCUGGAGGCUUCAGCAGAUCAGAAAGCAACUGUUAGCAAAGAACAAGCAAAAACUGAGAAAGGGAGCUGGUUCAAGUUCUCAUUUUCUUCUCCAACCAAAACGUCAAAAACAGAUGCGAAAGAAAUAAUCCAACCACCUGAAGAGGCUGAGAAGCUUGAUGAUGUUGAGAAAGAAUCAAGCAAGGAACACGAGGAACCUGAGAAGAACUCGCUCAGUGAGGCUGUGGAGGAAAACCUCAGCCCAACACUGUCACUGAAGUCAUCUGAAGCUUUUGCAGAUAUCAGUUCUACAGUAACCACUGAGCAGAUUGGUCUGUCACAGACCUCACCUACAAAAGUUACAGUGAAAUAUGCCGAACCCACUGCCACCAUUGGGCUCAAUGAUGUGCAAACUGAUGUUGUGACUUCCACAGCCAGAUGUGAACUGAUAUCAAUGGAGCCUCACCAGCCAGAAAAAGUCAACAUCCCUUUCUCAUCAGAUAUGUCCUCAGCCUCAUUGGACACUCUGAAACAGAUGUCAGGGGAAAUUCACAUCAUCACAUCGAACAUACAAGCUAUACCAGAAACACAGCAAGCCUCAAUCUUUACUAAUUUAGACGCGCAUGGAAUUCACACCUCACCUUUACAAGUAACACUAGGCUCAGACUCAGUGUUGACAGUGGAGGAAACCAGAGUGCAAAGUGGGACACGCACAUUGGUGGAAAGGCAUGUUGUGAAAGAAACUUUACAUGAUGACAAAGAGACAAUACUUGUGACACAGACAACACGUGUAUUUGAAGGAGACUCUGCAGAACCCAUUUCUGAUGAGACGGCUUCCUCAAUUCGUAGGCUAAAAGAUACGGUACACAUUGAGAAAAUGAGGUUUUUUGACAGUGUAGCAACAACUGAAAAAGUCACAAUAGUGAGCUCUGAAACAUCUCUAAGACAUAUGGAUUCCUCUACUGAUGAGAAUGGGAAAUGAACAUGAGAUCUUGCUGAUUUGAUUUUAUGCUUUUGAAUUUAUGUUUCAGUGUUCUCUUAUAUAAUCAUAUAAGCCAGCUGAAUUGUAAUGCUAUUAAGCAAAAGAGUGCUGAUACUUAUGAACAUAUCACAGAGUAUUGUUUAGCUAACAGAGAUUUUAAGCUUAAAAGACUUUUAAAAAUCUAUACCCACUGGAGAAAAAAAUAUGUAUGUACAUGGAAAAAUAGGGAAAAAAUUAUGUUAUAAUUGUAUGUGUGGGUUGUCUGUGCUUUAUUGUAAAACUGAUAUCUUGGGAAUAUUGUUUAUAGUACAAACUUGGUAAUCAAGCAAACACCAUUAAACAGAUAUAAUCACAAAUAAAAUUAAUUAUAAAAUUAAUGUGGCUAUUAAAGACUGUUGACUGUAUCACAUAUUGAGGCAUUUGUUUCUUUAAGGUUAUUUUGUGAAAACUAUAUAAUUGCAUAUAAAAUCUGUUUCUGCAGCCUUGAGAAAAAAA